AUGCACAUCCUGGUCGUGAACGACGAUGGACCCCCCAGCUCAACCCUCUCCCCCUACAUCCGCCCACUAGUCAACACCCUCCAAGCAAACGGCCACCUCGUCUCCGUAGCAAUUCCCUCCGCCUCCCGCUCCUGGAUCGGCAAAGCCCACCUAAUCGAAGCAAAGCUCACAGCAACCUACGUGCACCCAGACGCCUUCAACCCAAACGGCACCUGGGACGACUCAUACACCCCAAUUGAAACCGCAGACGCCCAAAAUGACUGGGUAGUCAUCACCAACGGCACGCCCGCCAGCUGCGCCCAGCUCGGCCUGUACGACCUCUUCACUGAGCGCUCGCCCAUCGACCUCGUCAUUUCGGGCCCGAACCACGGCCGCAACGCUUCAACGAUCUAUAACCUGUCGUCGGGGACGGUUGGUGGCGCGCUGGAAGCCGUCUUCUGUGGGAAACGGGGCAUUGCCAUUUCCUUUGGUAGUAAGGAUCCGCAGGAGGGGCGGGUUAUUGAUGCUGCGGCACGACUGGCGGUUCGCGUUGUUGAGCAUUUAUGGAAGGUUUGGGAUGAGCGCGUAGAGCUUUAUAAUAUUAAUGUUCCUAUGCGGAUUGAUGUGGAGGAGAGGCCUGUUGUUUAUACGAGGACGUUGCCGAGAAGGGGGGGGAAGAAGAUUGCUAAUGGGGUGAACGGGGUCAAUGGUGUCAAUGGCCAUGAGAAAGGCGCUGAGCAUGUUGGCGAGACGAAUGGUGUCAAUGGCCAUGUGACGCCUGCGGCUCGAACGAGGCAGUUCAAGUGGUCUGCUGAUUUAUCGGAUAUGAAGAAGACAUUGGAAGAGAGUGAGGUUGGGACGGAUGCUCAUACUGUGCUUAAUGGGUCGACCAGUGUGACUGCCCUCCGAGCCAACUUCUGGCACGUCCCCGGCCUGGAUGGGCCGCUGGACCUUAAUUCUUGA